GCUGGUGGAGAGGGGGAGGAGGAGGUGGAGGAGGAGGGAGGAGGGAGGGAGGAGGUGCUGGUGGGGAGGAAGAGAUCAGCACAGCGCAGAGUGGAAACUGUGGACAGACCAAGGCUUCAGCACUGGUGAAACACUGAAAAACACUAUUGAUUGCUGAGCUUGGAGAAUUCUAAUCCAUUAACCAACCUCAGAAUAUUGUCAAGGCUACAGAGGAGAUUCAUUGUCGGAGGCAACUGCACUGGAAAUAUUUCUACUUAUCUACAAAAAGGGGGAAAAAUGUGGAGAUCAGUCAUCAAAACAGUCAGUUUGUUCUAUGGCAGGGGAAACCAGAAUGCUUUACGAAGCUUACAGACUGCACAGAAAGCGCUCAGUCAUCCCUUUCAAGGAUACAGACAACAUACAUCUACAGCUUUUAAAGUGAAUACAAUGAUUCAACCUAUCAUUCAAGUGGAGGCCCUUGAUAAAGAUCGAUGCAUUACAGUCCGUUGGGAAGAUGGAAGCGAAAGUCUAUAUCCUUAUGUGUGGUUAAGGGAUAAUUGCCAAUGUUCCCAGUGCUUUUUGCAUUCUGCCAAAGCACGAAAGUUUCCCAUCGCGGAUUUGGAUGUGAAUGUGGUUGCAGAGAAAGUUACUCUAACGAAUUCAGCAAAGAUUUCAGUCACCUGGCCUGACAAACACAUCAGUGAAUUUAAUGCAGAUUGGCUGAAGCAUAGAUGUUUUGGCAAAUCAACAAGAGAAAAAUUGCAGGAAGACUUUUUUUUAACAGAGAAGCAGUACUGGGGCUCAGACCUCCAGAUUCCUACAACCACUUUUGAUGCGGUGCUCAGUGAUGAUGAAGCUGCAUAUCAGUGGCUCAGGAAUCUUCGGAGAGUAGGAAUCGCAGUGCUGAAAGAUACUCCGAAAGAAAAGGGACAAGUUAACAAACUGGUCAAGAGGAUUGGCUACCACAGGAUGACAUUUUAUGGGUAUACCUGGCAAGUGGAGGAUAAGAUUAAUGCCAACAAUUUGGCCUACACAUCUGGGAAUCUGAGCCUGCACACAGACUACCCAUCACUGCACAAUCCCCCGGGGAUACAGUUUCUCCACUGCAUCAAACAAGCAGAGGUUGGAGGUGAAAGUGAAAUCGCUGAUGGAUUCCACCUUGCUAAUCAACUCAGACAACAGUACCCGGAGGCUUUCCGAAUCCUUACCUCAACACUGGUUGAUUUCACAGAUAGCGGGGUUGAUUACUGUGAUUUCUCUGUGCAAUCCAAGAACAAGACAAUAAUGUUGGAUCAUAAAGGAAAUGUUGUUCGGAUUCAUUAUAGCAGUGCCAUUCGGGACUCAGUCUUCGAUCUUCCCGUGGAGCAGGUGCACCCGUUCUAUUCUGCUCUGAAGAAAUUCUGGGAUCUGAUUUAUAAGCCAGAGAAUUUGGUUACCUUCAAGAUGGAACCAGGAGAUGUGAUGACCUUUGAUAACUGGAGGUUGCUUCAUGGACGUCGGAGUUACACUACUACGAAGGAUUCUACCCGACACCUGGAAGGCGCUUACGUGGAUUGGGAUGAGGUUAUGUCACGGCUCCGUUGCCUCAAACGAAUAAUCAAAGCAACAAAGUAAAUAGUUUGCUGAAGAAUCAUCAGUCCUUUGGUCUUCUGACAGAGAACCGAUCGAUUUGAAUUGAGAUUUCAGCUCACAAUAAAAACUGCAAAUGAUCUUAACGCUUUCAAAUAUGAAAAGAAAUGAUCCAAAUUUCUUCAGGUAGAAGAAAUUCAACCGAGUGCCUUCUAGUGAAAUAGUUUAAAAACAAUACAAAUUGCACUUGUAUAGCACCUUUCACGUCGGAAGGACAUCCUAAGGUGCUGGACAGUCAGAGAUUUGGACCCGAGCUGGGGGUCAGGAGGGUAGGAGGGUGGUGGAAGGCUUGGUCGAAGAAAGUCAAUACUUAUUUUACAGCGCAGAUUGACUUUUGCAUUUACCUACUUCACCGUACUUCAAAGGAGCUCUUUCUGUUAGAGCUCUAGUUGCUUGAGACAUCACUGUGAUAAGCCAUUAUAUUAAAAAAAAUUCCAGAGCAUCCCUUUUUAGAAUGAGUCGUAAAACAGAGAUCCCAUCAGCCUUAUAAUUCAGGUGUACAUCAAAGCUGAAUGAUGUACAUGUAGAUUUUACAACCCUUUGGUAAGGGAUAUCCUUCCUGUGGCCAAAGGGUAGUAAAAUCUACAUGUAUAUCAUUUCUACAUGUAGAUUUUAUAACCCUUUGGCAACAGGAAGGGUUGCCUCUGCCUCACCAAUAUUUCAAAGAAAUGGGGAAUUUUCCCCAAUUUAUUCUUUCAUACAAAUUCACCCCCCAAAAAAUCAGAUAUUAUUAGCUUGUUGUUGUACAGUGAUGGUCCACAUAUUUGCUUAUAUUUCGUUUCUAAUCAACAUCUUGCAACUUAUAAUAGCACCUUUCAUGUAAAACAUUUUGAAGCAUUCCAAAGAGAUUCAAUGAGUGGGAGAAUGAGUAGGAGGGGGAUAGAGGGUGUCCCAAAUAACAAUCUCCCAGAUCAAACUGGCCAUUCACUUCAUGGCUCCGGUUAUCCUUUUUUGGUUUCCAAUAUUCAUAGGGUACAGAAUGGGUUGAAUGGUUUCCUAUUGGGCUGAAAAUCUAUAUGUUACACAACUUGUUUUAAUUGUUUUAUCCGUUUCAAUGUGAACAAUAAAACAAUCAAUAGACCAAAGACUAGGGCAGUUUAUCAUUGCGGUGAUAUAACUGCUCCCAAUUGAUGUAAAGCCAUGAUUGUUAUGUGUACCACUUAGAAAUUUUGCUGUGCCACGUAUUGCAAAAUAAAGAUCAAUGGGUAAAUACAGGAA